GUACACAGAAGCAUAUACGUAAUGAUGCUAAUGAUUAUAUUUUCUGACAAAAUCAACACAAAUAAUAAAAGAAAUCGACAUUAGAAUCUUAAUAAUUACCUUCUUUCCAUAGUCACUAUUAUUUCUCCUAUUUGUAAUAAAGCAACGUUAUGCAUCAGUGCCUUUGCUGCUUAAAGGGGGGUCCGGAUAAGGACCUGACGACGCCGUACACAUAUCUCGGCAAAACGGAGAUAUAUUCUGAUAUGCUCAAAGACUGUUUCGAUUUACAGUUGACACUGGGCACCAAUGGCGAGUGUGGGAUCUGUGAGGUGUGCGUGGGCCGCCUGCGAGAUGCGAGUGACUUCAAGGUGCAAGUGCAGCGGAGUCAGGCAGAGCUGCGGACACAGGGAGCACAUGUUAAAGAAGAAACAGAAAAUGCAGAUGGAACCUUCGAGACUGUGAUGUGUGAAGUGCAGAUUAACCUAAAGGAGGAGCCCGAGGACAGCCUGUACGCCGACCAGGAGACGGUCGGUGACCUCGUGCUGGAGCCUGAGGUGGUACAAGAUAAGACUGAAGUCCAAACAUCAAACCAGUCACCCGUGGGACUGGAUCCUCCGGAGCCCGAGUUCAUAACAGUCCGAGACACGUAUGAGCAUCCGGCGCCUCCCGCCGCGCGCCACGCGCGAGCGACACUCGAGCGCACCAGCGCCGCACGCGAACAACACGAGAGCGACAUCACCCCCUACGAGUGCGGCACUUGCGGCGCGAAAUUUAAACAAUUGGUUCUACUGAGCCAACACGUAUCAGCGGCACACAGAAAAUCACCCAAGCCAAAAAGACCCAGGGUUGUAACAAUUAAAAAAGCAAGAAUAAACAAAAAUAAAGAUAGAGACACGUCAAAGUCGUCAAAGUCAAAAAAGGAAAUGGAAAAUGUGGAAUUGUAUACUUGCGAUUCUUGUGGAAAGAUAUUCGGCAGCAGAAACGGCUUAAACGCCCAUAUGCGUACCCACGCAGAGGUAAAAGUGUUCUCCUGCGAAAUAUGUAAAAAAGAGUUUAGGUUUUUGAACAAUUUUCAAACGCAUAAAAAAAUGCACAUCGCGAAAAAAGUGUACCCCUGCGGCAUCUGUAAAAAAGAGUUUAAAUUUUUAUGCCAUUUUCAAGCGCAUAAACGAAGGCACAUAGGCGAGAAACCAUUCCCUUGUGAUGUAUGCGAUAUGCCGUUUAGUAAGUUAACUCAUAUGAUUAAACAUAAACUGAGUCAUAAAGGUGAAAAGCGGUAUUCUUGCGAAAUAUGCAAAAUGAAGUUUACUAGUGCACAGCAUCUUAAAGCACAUAAACGUGUCCGUUAUUACUCACCUGCUUAAGCUUUAUCCUGAUCAUCUUUACCCAGCGUCCACUUUCUGACUUUUUCUAACCGAAAACUUUCCAUUUUCGUUAAUUUCGGCAUCUUUUUUUGUGAGACUAUUGGCACGAUCACCUUUCGUAACGUCAAGCCAGCAUUUUAUUUAUUUAAAGUGCUAUAACACAAAAUGCAAAGUACAAAUGGCGGAUUUAAUGCCUAAUAGCAUUCUCUACAAGAAAAUUAUCGGAGUAAACGUGUUGAAAUGAUGCAAGGAGAAAAGUAAAAAGAUACUUAUUAAAUUAAAACUAUCGAAAACAUCUGAAAAACCUGAUAAAAUAAAAAUACUGGAUAUAAUUAGUUUACUAAAAUAAGAAUGCUAAUCACGUAGAAUUUCAUACAUUGACCCGCCUGUUACUAUCUCAAAUGCGUAAUAUUGCUGUCUCGCCGAUGAUGCAGGCAGUCAAUGCCACUGUGCGGAACUGCAUAUAAAUAUGCACGUGUCAUGGAAAUAGGAAAUGGCGGCCCGGCGGGUCAACGUACCAAAUUCUACGUAGUUGCCGUCCUUACUUUUACAUAUACCCAAUAACAUCCCGUGUGGACUGUAACACGAGCAAAAUAUUUAGCGAUGUGACAGACUGACGGACGUACAGAGUCACAUAAGGGUUCCUUCUGUACCUUUUUGGUACGGAACCCUAAAAACUAAACUGUAAAAUCGAUGAUAUAUUUUAAUAGCCGGGUCCACACAUAGCGAGCAUACGCGCGAGGCAAUUUCCUCGCGCACAAAACGGCCAGUGUAGACGUGCCUCGGCCGAGGCG